UUACCCAGAGACUGGAAAGAUGCUUAUAAGCCCCAUCUUCAAAGAUGGGAACAGACAGUUAGUAUCUAACUACCGGCCUGUAAGUCUGACCUGUAGUAUAGCAAAGGUGUUAGAAAAACUCAUAAGGGACCAAUUCUUAGCUCAUACGGAAAAACAUGGCUUACUGGCAGUGGAACAGCAUGGAUUCCGACCAGGACGAUCCUGCUUGACAAACUUACUGUUAGCUAGGGAAGAUUGGGUCGAGGCCAGGGAUAAAAACCAUCUACAGGACGUUGUAUUUACCGAUCUUAGUAAAGCAUUCGAUAAGGUAUCCCACUUAGGUCUUCUUAGUAAACUUAAACAUUUUGGAUUAGACCAACGCUUAUGCGAGUGGUUUAGUGACUACCUGAUGGAUCGGAGGCAGAAGGUAAGGGUUAAUGGUGUACUGUUAGGGUGGAAAGCAGUACUAAGUGGAGUACCUCAGGGAACGGCACUUGGUCCCCUGCUAUUCUUAUUAUACGUAAAUGAAGUGCUGAAAAUUCUUACCUCAUCUUCCUUACUAUUUGCGGACGAUAUUAAGAUAUGGAAAACCGUAAAUAGUAGCGAUGAUAGGUUGGUACUACAAAACGAUCUAGACAAAUUAACCGAGUGGGCUAACCUUUGGAGCAUGGAAAUUAAUUCCAAGAAAAGCGCGGUAAUGCACCUAGGUCAGAAGUCUUACACGUCGUACUUCAUGGGGGACAGAGAACUGCCAGAUGUUAGGGAAGAAACGGACUUAGGAAUUAUUGUUAGCCAUGACUUAAAAACAACGGUAAACUGUAAUCGAGCCGCAGCUAAGGCUUUUUGAAUGGUAUGGGCACUUCGAAGGGCUUUCAAACGAUUAGACGAGGGUAUGUUCCAAGUACUCUAUGCAACAUAUGUCAGGCCUCAUCUAGAGUACUGCAUACAAGCGGUGAGUCCAUGCUUCAAAAAGGAGGCACAUACCCUGGAAAGAGUGCAGAGGGUAGGAACGAAAUUAGUUAGUGGUAUCUCACACCUUCCUUAUGAUAAGAGGAUGGAGCAUUUAAAUCUCUUCCCAUUAUCAUAUCGAAGGAGGAGAGGCGACUUAAUUUUGGCGUACCGUAUAUUCAAGGGUGAUUAAGGGAUUGACCUUUCAAACCUUUUCUUUCCCUCUAGGAAACAUUUACGGGGUCACCAGAAGAAGGUGCUCAAACCAAGGUCGAAUAUAAUACGUUUGGAGUUUAGAAUCUCUCACAGAGUGGUCAACGACUGGAACUCCUUACCUGAUUCAGUAGUAACAGCUCCAUCGGUGAACGCUUUCGAAGAGAAACUGGAUCUCUGCAGAGAUAUAUAUCGCGAGGAUUAACAUAGGCAACAAGAGCCUUCUAUACUUAUAAUCUGAAUCUGGUUUCUCGUUUGCGCGUCUUUCAUUGGCUAGAACAGUAGCGGUUAAUUGGAUUUUCGGUUUGCCAUGCAGCGUUGUGACAAAUGCUGAGAAUUCCAUUCCAAACUAUAAGUACUGUUUUAUGGAAUAAAGUAUUUUCGUUCCAGUUUGUGAUAGCAGAUAACCUUGGAUGCGGGCAUCCAGUUCCGUUUGCUUGGAAUGAGAAGGAAUUUAGACGUGACGCAAUUUGGAUACUGGACAGUUUCCGUCGAAUAAUAGGAGAUACUUCCCAAGCGAAAGUUUUCAUCUUGGACCGUGCUUAGCCUGUAUGUGUAAAUUAACUUGUUUGCAUUGAAUUGAAAU